UUAAAUAAAUUAUUUUCAAAUUUAAAUUUGAAUAUCGUUUUUGCAUGGAUUUUUGGCGCGCCAUUUCAAAAUUUGCCGCCGAUCGCAGCGCAUCCGUCAUGCGCGCGGACGAUUUCGCGCAACUGCAUCCGGUAAACAUACAGUUCAUGCGUUCAGUGCGAAAAUAACAUAUAUUCGAAUGGAAAAUUGCACUGCUCAUACCGUGCUCAGCGCUUUUCCAUCGUGCGAGAUCAAGGCUUCUUCCCUUCAGGAAUCGUGAUCCUAGAAGACGGAAGUUGUCAUCGAGUCUGUUCCGGUUUAGAUACAAUAGAAUUCUGUGCAUAUUUUUUUUUUGCUGCUGCUGUCGAGAGGUUUGUUUGGGUUUGUUUUUCACUCUCUCUCUCUCUCUCUCGCACAUCGUGUCGCGCAUUUGCAGAGUCUAUCCGACUCUCUCUCUCUUUCUCCUUGUUUUCGUUUUUGGUGUUGUUGUUUUUCCCGGUAGAGUGUCAGAACGGGUGGUUUGUUUGCCGGUACGUGACUACCUUUUGGAAUAGCGGAAGCGGAUUACCCGGAAGGACGAGUGAUUUCCGGUCUGACAAUCGUCGUGGUGGAGGCCUUUGCUCCCGGACCAUCUGAUGGAUGACAUCCCUCGUAAUUGGAUUGACAUUGCACCGUUCGUUCUGUUUAAUUAUUUUUAAAUUGAUCCGCUCUGUACAGUAAUGGCGGACAUUUCAUAAUUUCCCCACUUUGCUCCGAAUUUCCCCCCAUUAAUCGUCAACAAUAAUACCGAAAUUGCAAUUGCAAUUCAGUGACAGCAGGAGGAUAAUUGCAAUUCUGCAUUAUUAAGGGCAUUUAUCAUCUUCUUCAUCAUUGUUUGACUUUGGAUUUUGUGCAAUGGGUAUUCAGGAUCUGCAGGCACUUCUGGAGAGUACCAGUUUGGAAGGAGGAGCAGUGUCAGUUGACUUGCUGAAGAUUGCUCGCAAUGUUACACAAAGGCAGCAGCCACACAACUCUGGGAGAAAAAUUAGACCAAUUGGCAACAAGCUGAAACUGAUUGUUGAUGCUGAGGAUUGUUUAGACAGGCUGUAUGGAGGCUACUUUUCAGAUUGGGCAUGUGGUGGACAGUGGAAUCGAAUGGUUCAGUUCCUAUCGCUUCUAACGCAGGCAGUUGAGAGGGGUAACAUCGAGUUGGCCGUUGUAUUUAAUGGAACAAUUGAAUCCAGCAGAAUGAGCGAAUGGGUGGCGCAACAGGCCAACGUUAGACAAAGAGUUGGCAUGGUGUUGAAACACGUCAAUACUAAAGCUACUCCGCCUCCUAAGGUCUGGUGGACAGCACCUAUUUGCCUGAAGACUGCUCUCAGAAUGGCCCUCAGACAUUUAGGAAUUACAGUUAUGUGUACAAUGGAUGAUCACCAUCAGGAGGUUAUAGCGUAUUGCAGGGAAUACGGAUUUCAUGGCCUUUUGGCCGACGAUGCGGAAUACGCCGCAUUCAAUCCACCUCGCUACUUCUCUUCUGAGAACAUUAAACUCACAUACAAGGGUUCCUUGGAAACCAAAGAAUACAUGGUUGCUGAGUUAAGCAAACAUUUACAAUUAACUCAAGAGCAAAUGUGCGUCUUGGCAUCACUUCUGGGCAACUUUCUGCUGCCUGAAAACGAGCUGCAAGACGUUUACAAGAAAAUCCAGACUGUUUUUAUAAAUAAGGAUACAAAGAUGCAGGGAGAAUCCGCUGUUAGAUUAAUCGCUAUGUACGUUCGUACCUUACCAUCUCCAUCCAAUAUGGAUGCUCUUGUCACCGAAGUGUUCGGCAGCAACAAAGACAAACGCUGCCCGAUAUUCAAGCAAUCAGUUUUGUAUUAUCUGAACGGCACUGCCCAUGGAUUUUUAAAAUAUUCUUCGCCAAAAGCAAAUAAUUAUAAGGGUAAGAAAGCGACUGUGCAGAACAAUAACAAUGUGAACAGCAUAAAAACGGAGGCUGAGCUCGACACUGCUGGAUUUGCGUCCGAGACUACAGAGCAAGAACAAGAGAGUUUACAGAAUUACCGUUUAGCUACUGUCAAUCAAGUAUUGAGUUCCGAUAUCAUUAGUCCCGAAACUGAUUCGUCUGCGAAGAGUAGUCCUCAUGUGAAUUUUGUUUUAGACGAAUCCUCACCGACUUCAGAUUCGCGUCUACACAAUGGUCACGCCAGUGCAGGUAGCAGUAGUAACAGCAGUAGCACAUCUGGUACUGGUAAUAGCAAUAAUAACACCGCCACAACUGGAAGUCUACCAUCGCCAAGAAGUAAUACAAUAAGUGGAAAUGUGAUAAAUCCGACUGUCUCCACCGAUGUGUUACGGACUUCCUCUUUGAGGCACCAGAAAGGUCUCAUGUGUCCAUGGAUCCUUCACGUACUGAGCACAAGGGAAAUCCGUUUGCCUUGCGUCAUGGAGGAUGAAGGGAAUCGCGAGUUUCCGCCCAUCCAUGAAAUCUAUUUACCUUUACGACAGAGGAUCUACGCUGUUCUCUUUAAUCUGCAUCAUUAUCGCUACGUCCAAACUAAGGGAAAAAAAAAUUUCAUUAUUCCCGAUUGUAUGCCGACUCCGGAGAUUGUUAUUACGGAAUGGGUUUAUAGCAGGAGUAAUCCGUAUCAGACACCUGAACAGGUGAAGGCUGUACCUUUGUCGUGGGCUGUGCCCACUUUACAGCGCUUGUGGUUCGGGCCUUCUGUUGAUGAUAAACGUCGUCGUAUGCGAGCUUUACUCUCUUGCCUCAACUCUGACACCCCGCUCAUUUUGAACAUGUCCUACGUGCCUCAGCAUAUGCUUGUCAUGGCAUGCGUUCUCAGAUACAUAAUGUCACAGGAUAAGCCGAUUCUGCGACGUAACGAGCUCGACGUCUUCAUAUGUCAAGCAUUCAAUCCAGACCUUAUGAACACUCAGUAUUUGCAGGAGUUAACCCUGAACGUGGUGACUAGUCGAGGUGUCCAAUUAGCAGCCGUCUUUAUGAAUGGAGUCGAAAUGGCCCUUUUGGCGAAUGACGCGUGCGGUGCGCCUUUGCCUUGGUUAUUGUGUUGUCCGUGGUUGUACUUCGAUGGAAAGCUCUUCCACCAUACCCUGACACGUUCUAUACAUGCGAAGAGUCUUUUGGACUUAUGCGAGAACCACAUCGAACGUGUUGUCAAAGUGGAGCGCAUGCGAAAGGCCAUCCUCGAAGGAUUGGAUGCCAAAUUUGCUAAAAUCCCGUUGCAGGUAAACGCGUUCCGUAUGCCGCCCUCCAAUUGUCUGCCACCAGUGCCAUUACCUUCAUCGAGGGGACCAUCCAACAUGCGGCAUCGUCCUUUGCAAUCGCGCGGAGCUCAACUGCAGAUAGCUGGAGUAGUGGUUGGUUCAUGGGGCGCGAACUAUGGAUACCAGCAGCAGAACUUGAGACAGCCACCUCAGAUGGUCAGCGGUGUUCCUUUCCGCGGAGGCCUUAAUCCUCAGAACCGUGGACUUCCUGCACCUGGAAAUAAUUUCAUGCCCCCUCAGCAACAGUACAACCAUAGGAAUAAUGGUUCAAACCCGAACAGGCAGAGGAAGCAAGGACCACCUACUUUCAAUGUAAACAAGAAAAAUAAUCCAAAUAAGAAGAAGAGCAAUAAGCAGAAGCAAAACGCCGGAGGAGCAAAUAAGGGCCGAAACAAUAACGCUCUUCCCUUUACGACGAAGACCGAUAUCGGAGAUGUUUUAGUAAGUGAUGUGAUUAAGAAAGAACAUUCGUUGGCGGAAGAAGCCAUCUUGGAAGACUGCAGAGGAGGAUCCGAGCACCAGGGACAAGGCGACGGACCUUCGAUCGAGACAGCUGCCUGUUAAGUGCGUUAGUUACUGAUAAUGUUACAUAGACUUUUUUUGACGUUAUCACCAACCAACAAGAAUCCCCCCCAACCCCUAAAUGUUAAAAAAGAGUUACAAAUUUAAUUUAUACUGCGUUAGCGAAAGAAAGAAGGCGACGACGACGGACAGAAAUGCUUCGUAUCGUAGGUAAUGAAAGAAACAAACAAUAACGGAUUUUAUUGUAUUAUUUAUUGGCUUUAACAUUAACAGGAGAUUUUUUCGUUCUUUCUUUCGUUUAAUCUAUAUAGGUUUGUUUAAGUUUGAUAUAUUAUAUUAUAUAUUAUAUAUAUAUUUUUUGAGACGUGAUUGGUGCUUCUCGAUGCAUUAAGAGACUAAAACGAAGUGCGAUUUUUGACCAAUUGACUUAUUUUUAUUAAGAAUAUAUUAAUAUAUGUGGCUCAACAACGAUGAUUUCAAGUAAUGACAUGAAAACAGUGCGCGUUUUACAACAUGGACCUCCUGCACUAUCCUUGUGUUCAGAUGUAUCACGAUGAUCGAGGAGAAAACGGUUACUAAGAGAGAAAGAGAGAUGAAAAGAAAAAAAAACAAAGAGAAAUAGUAUGGUUGGAGAGCAAAUGUAUAUUUUUCUAUAUUUGUUACGAGUGUUAAUAUUAUAUUGACUGAGAUAUCACAUCAGUCGCUGCUGUGAUUUAUAUUUAUGAUAUUUAUAUAUACAACAUCGGUUUAAUGAUAAUACGCCUUUACAAACUAAUUCAUUUCCAUGCUCUAGCGUUUAAGAGAGAGAGAGAGAGGCAGGCAGGACAAAAAAAGCCUGGGUCACCGCCCAUUUUCAUUUUGCGCCAAAAAUAAACCCCGCCCAUCGCCCGCCCUCCACACAUUCCAUCAGAAGCGAUGCAUUUUUCUCGAAGAAAAUUUAGUUUUCGAAAGCGGUCACGAAAUUUAAAAAAAAAUAUUAAUUAAUUACGGGCAACUUGUGAUAAAAGCAACAUGAAAAUGGGGUACGGCGAACAUAGGAAAUUCCAUCAAUCAAUCAUUUAUUUAUUUUUUACAAAAAAAGAAAACUAAAUUCGGGAAAGCAAAAGUUGCAAUGGCAAUCGGCUAAUGCUUUAGUUUGUCAAGUCUAUUUAUUACAUUAUUAUAUAAAGAAUAUAUGGUUCAUUCGAAUUUGAAUCUUACAAGAGAGAUAUAGAGAGACAACUCUUUUUUCAGACU